CUUCUGCGGUACCAGUAGGUCGCCGAGGGUCGGAGCUGCGUGUAGGGGGAGAGAGAGAGGCGUCGUCUCGCACUGUGGACACAAAAACAAGAAGAAGAAGAACGGAAAGGAAACUCUCACGUGUUUUUCGGGUCUUGAGAAAAAAGUCACUCACUAACUCAUCAUGUGCGACGACGACGCAACCGCGCUGGUGUGCGACAAUGGCUCCGGCCUUUGCAAGGCUGGCUUCGCCGGUGAUGACGCCCCUCGCGCUGUCUUCCCCUCCAUCGUUGGUCGCCCUCGCCAUCAGGGUGUGAUGGUCGGUAUGGGUCAGAAGGACGCCUACGUAGGAGACGAGGCCCAGAGCAAGCGAGGUAUCCUCACCCUCAAGUACCCCAUCGAGCACGGCAUCAUCACCAACUGGGACGACAUGGAAAAGAUCUGGCAUCACACCUUCUACAAUGAACUUCGAGUUGCCCCAGAGGAAUGCCCUGUCCUGCUCACAGAGGCUCCCCUGAACCCAAAGGCCAACCGCGAGAAGAUGACCCAGAUCAUGUUCGAGACCUUCAGCUGCCCCGCCAUGUACGUCGCCAUCCAGGCCGUGCUGUCUCUCUACGCCUCUGGUCGUACCACUGGUAUCGUGCUGGACUCUGGCGACGGUGUGACCCACACUGUCCCCAUCUACGAAGGUUACGCUCUUCCUCACGCCAUCAUGCGUCUCGACUUGGCCGGUAGGGAUCUCACAAACUAUCUCAUGAAGAUCCUGACUGAGAGAGGCUACUCCUUCACCACCACGGCUGAGCGCGAGAUCGUCAGGGACAUCAAGGAGAAGCUCUGCUACGUCGCUCUCGACUUCGAGAAUGAAAUGGCUCAGGCUGCCGCCACAACGUCCUUGGAGAAGUCCUAUGAACUUCCCGACGGCCAGGUCAUCACCAUCGGUAACGAACGUUUCCGUGCCCCAGAGGCCAUGUUCCAGCCCUCUUUCCUGGGUAUGGAAUCCUCUGGAACUCACGAAACCGUCUACCAGUCCAUCAUGAAGUGCGACGUCGACAUCAGGAAGGAUCUCUACGCCAACACUGUCAUGUCCGGUGGUACCACCAUGUACCCUGGUAUCGCUGACAGGAUGCAGAAGGAAAUCACCAACUUGGCCCCAUCCACCAUCAAGAUCAAGAUCAUUGCUCCUCCCGAGAGGAAGUACUCCGUCUGGAUCGGCGGCUCCAUCUUGGCUUCUCUGUCCACCUUCCAGUCCAUGUGGAUCACCAAGGAAGAGUACGACGAGUCCGGCCCUGGCAUCGUCCACCGCAAAUGCUUCUAGAUACCUUGAAACUUUUAAUUUUCUUUUGCUAAAGAUAAUACAAUUAUCCCUAAA